AUGGCUCGAUUGAGGAUCGGAUAUAUUCCUGAGCACUUCAGCACCCCCAUUGCGUUCGCGCACAAGCACUUCGGCCUCGAUGCUGACUUGAUACCCUUCCCGACUGGUACUGGAGCUCUCGCCGGUGCACUGAAUAAUCCAGACCCAAAGAAGGGCAUUCAAGUCGCCGUUGGCCUGACGGAAGGCUUCAUCGCUGAUCUGGGCAAGAGCAAGUCCGCAGGAGAGAAGGCUGCAUAUGGUCUCGUUGGAACCUACGUCGAAUCACCUCUCUGCUGGGCGAUCUCGACCGGCGCGAAGCGCGAAGACGUGAAUGAUGUGAGCGAGCUGAAAGGCAAGAAAGUGGGUGUCAGUCGGAUUGGCAGUGGAUCAUAUGUCAUGUCCUUCGUUCUGGGAGACCAGCGCGGUUGGCUUGAGUCCCCAGGCAAGGAGCCGUUCCCGGUCGUUCCAAUUGGGGAUUUCGCUGCACUCCGCAAGAGCGUGGGCGAGGAUCGAUCGAGCGAUUUCUUCAUGUGGGAGCACUUCACGACGAAGCACUUCUGGGACAACGGCGAGCUGAAGAGGAUCGGGGAGAUCUAUACGCCGUGGCCGAGCUGGAUGAUCGUGGCAAGAGAUGCGCAGAGUCAAGAGGUGAAGACGUUGCUGGAGAAGAUCAAUCAGGGCGUGCAGUACUACCGCGAGAACAAGGACGAGGCUGUGGAGUACAUUACGACUGCCAUGCACUACUCGAAAGAGGAUGCGCAUGAGUGGAUGAAGACUGUCAAGUUUGCAGAGGACGUCACUGGCGUGAGUCCGAAGAUGGUGGACAGCACGGCAGCGACUUUGCGUAAAGCAGGUGUGCUGAAAGACGAUGCUGGAGGGAGCGAGCACAUGGUGACAUUGAAGAGGAAGGACUCGGACCAGGUUGCCAACCCCGCGGACGUGUAA